UGCAGAUGCGCAGCAGAAGCACCACCACCAGCAGCAGCAGCAGGCAUUGCAUCCCAGCAGCGCACAAACACUCUCUCCCUACACUAAAUGUUUUAUUUAACAUGCCACACCGGAAGCAGAAGCCAUAUUUAUCCAGCCCUUAGUUUCUAGCCAUCUAUUCCUGCCAGCGCUCCCAGUGCAAUAAAACACACAUCUAUGGAGGCUUCUUAUCUGUGACUGUAUGGGGACUGCAGCACUCCGACACAAAAGGCAAUGAAUGAGAGGAGGCUGCCCAUCUGGCUGCGGGAGGAGGCUGGUGAUGCGGCUCCCAGACCCGGGCUCAGUGGAUGGGGAGAGCCAGCAGGAGGCUGGGGAGGUUGCUGUUGCUGCUGCUGCUGCUGCUGCUGCUGCUGAGACAAUAGAGGAGCCCUGUGUGUUGCAUCGGAGGCAGAGAGCAGAGGUAGCGAAGGGGGAGGGAAGGCAGAAGGCUCGGAAGGCUGGAGAUAACGGUGCAUAUAUAGAUAUAUGUGCUCCCACCCCGCUGGAUUAUACACAACAUCGAUACUGGCUUGAUCGAUCCUUGGGGGCAGCUGAUUUAGCCCCCAGUCGCUGAUUGGUGUAAAUUCAUUUCUGGGCGCUGUGUAUCCUUAGAGCUGGGGCUAUUGGAGGCAGCAGCCCCAUGGAAGGAUGGCCGGGGGUAAUACAUUGUCACCCUCCCAUGCAUUCGGGGGCAGUCAGUGGGUUUAACCCCGGAUGCUCUGGCACAUUACCCGCUGCUUUCGGUUUAUUGUGCCCACUUGGCUGGUACCUUGGCAUCCGGGCUGUAAUGCCAUUGGCCGGUUCCUCCUAGUCUGACCCUUUAUGUAACAAUUGUGCAGUUGCACGGAAGGUAGGGCUGUAGCCCCAUUGCCCCUUGUGCCCUGGAUCCUUCGCACUCAGCCAGGGUGUCACCCAACUUGUAAGGGUUACUGGGGGGCACCGAGUGUUUUCCUGCCCCCACCGUCCCUGCAUUGCACUGAGCUAACCCCAUGCAGUGCGCCCCCCUCCCUGGCACCGGGAAGCGCAGCACAGGCAUCAGAGGGCCAGUCGGACCGGCUGAAUCCAUGCCUUUACUCCUGGGACCUGGCAAACUGAGCAUCGGAACCCAUAGGGCCCCGGGGCCACCUGCCGGUGAAUGAUGUUUAAGUACCGGCUCCGCAUGUUCUUCAAUGAACUGAAGGUUCUGGUUCUAACCCGAUCCGGGAGAAGCGAGCCGGAGCCGGGCCAGGCCAUGCGUGGGCUCGGGGUUGGGGGCUGCGGAUGGCCGCCCUUUGCGGACUGCUCCUCCCGGGACGACGAGGAGGAAUAUUAUGGGACCGACCCCAGAACCCGCAGCUUGGGGCUGGAGGAGAAGGACGGGCGGAUUGGGGCUGCGCUGGACGCUGUGUCCCUGGGAAGCAGCAUUGACAGUGGCAUGAGAACCCCGCAGUGCAGGAUCUGCUUCCAGGGGCCAGAGCAGGGUGAACUGUUGAGCCCAUGUCGCUGUGACGGUUCAGUACGCUGCACACAUCAGCCCUGCCUAAUACGCUGGAUAAGUGAGAGAGGAUCCUGGAGCUGUGAAUUGUGUUAUUUCAAAUACCAUGUUCUAGCCAUUAGUACUAAGAACCCCCUCCAGUGGCAAGCUAUAUCCUUGACUGUGAUCGAGAAGGUCCAGAUCGCAGCUAUAAUCCUGGGCUCCCUUUUCCUUAUAGCUAGCAUCUCCUGGUUAAUUUGGUCCUCCCUCAGUCCUUCAGCAAAAUGGCAGAGACAGGAUUUACUUUUUCAAAUCUGCUAUGGGAUGUAUGGCUUCAUGGACAUUGUCUGUAUAGGUUUAAUUAUCCACGAAGGAUCAUCAGUAUAUCGGAUCUUCAAGAGGUGGCAGGCUGUUAAUCAGCAAUGGAAAGUUCUGAACUAUGACAAAACCAAGGACCUUGGAGAACCUUUGGGUGGGACUUCAAAGCUGGGGGGAAGAAACUCACGGACGAACCAUUCCUCUCACAAUGACAGAGGACCUGGUCGGAGCCAGCGAGUUAGGACUAUUUUGAACCAUCACUGUGGUUAUACGAUUCUGCACAUCCUUAGCCACCUGAGGCCUAAUGAACAUCGAAGUAGCUCCAACUCCAACAGAGAGGUGGUGAUGAGAGUGACAACAGUAUGAGCAACUUUUUGUUGGAAUCAUUUAGAGAAUGGGCUCGCUGUUAUCCUCGACACUUUACUUCUGAUAACAGUUUGUUGUCAAAGGGGGGAAAGAGCUUUGCUUUGAUGUGGAACACAAGCGAAAUGCGUUUCUUUUACCCAGUGAGCAGGCAUUCUAAUGCAUUCUGGUCAACCUUCUUCUUAUACCAAAAGCCCUGUUAUUUUUUUUGUUUCUUUUUUUAGAAGUUGGGCCUUUUGUCAGCUAGUGCUGCCCCGUGCUAUUUUUCAAUUACAAAACCGCCCAACCUCAAGAAAAGCUGAAAAUGUACGGCUCCUUCAAGCAUUGUAAUUGUUCCCAAGAAAUCCCACUUGAACCAUUACUUUUUUGAAUAUGUUGAAAGCACAAGCCAGCGGUUUAACAGCAAAAAUCACAGGAACAAAGUCUUAACAUUUUUACCUCAGAUUUACCAAACACAGCAGCACCACAAAAACACAAGUGAUAGCAAAUCAAACUUGAAAACGGUAAAUAAAAUGAUUUUCCAACAAGUCCAUCCUGCCAGAAUUGCAGAACCUGAAUGGUAAUCAUAUGUGUGGGGAAAAAAAAGACAAUGCUAUGGUUAAGAAAUUUCUAAGCGAUGAAUAGGUGCAAUAAAACAUAUUUUUACGGCAAAAUGGGAUCUUUGCAAUAAGACGCUUGUACUUUUCCCCUGAUUUUACAUUUUUCGCAUGAGUAAAUGUAAUUUUUUCCCCCCUCUUUUCUCCCUGCGGGAGGAUAAAGAAAAAUAUUUAUAUGCAAAUAGUCUCCAACUACAUUUCUUUCUUUUCUUUCUAUUUACAUACUGGGAUGUGAAAUUAAAGCAUCAGGAUUUCCCUAUAA